AUGUCGAAUGAUGAUAUCUUUCACAGUCAAACGACACUAAUCAUGUCACUGCUGACCGAAACAGCCCAGGAAGAAAUUAGUAAACUUUUCAAGUGUAAUAGUAAAGAAUCCCAUUCUGAAGUAACAGACGGCAGCUCAGACAGCUGUGAGAAAGAGAUCCAGUUGCGCGCUAAAGACUCGCUAACUGAAGAUAGCCACCUGAGGACAGAACAGACCUCGACAGAGCACGAGCUGAGUGAGCCACAGUCUCAGGACACUGACAAUGAAGCAUCAGAGGUGUCUUUGUCAGCCUUGGCCAGUGUCCAGAGUGAGAUAGUCCCUGUAUUGUCAAGCAGAGGCUCUCAGGCUCAGGAGGGAAUAAAGACAGACAUUGACAAGACACAGACAGAAGAAGAACAGAUCCAGGCAGUCUUUGUAAGACAAGAAGACUCUGACGGGACUGCCAUAUUGAACGGAGAAAAUGAAGACAAUACAUUGAUCGAACACAAUGCCAUGCAGAGAAACAUCCCGCAGGUCAAAGUCUCAUCGUUCGACUGUAACCAGUGUGACAAGAGCUUUCCCCAGAGGAAGGCCUUAUCGCAGCACAAACGGGUCCAUUCAGUAAAGCCACACAGCUGCGAACACUGUGGCAAAAAAUUCCAACUUUUAAAAGCGCUCAACAAACACCUUCAACAUCAUGCCGAUAAGAAAGAGAAGAAGCUCUUCCCCUGUGCUACGUGCGGGAAGAGCUUCGUUGACUUAAAAACGCACGAACUGGUUCAUGCCGAAGUGAAGCCCUACCAGUGCUCCUUAUGUGGACAAGGUUUCACGGUAAAGCACAGUCUUAUUGUUCACCAAAGGCUUCACACGGGUGAAAAGCCGUUCAGCUGCACUAUAUGUGGGAAACGUUUUUCACAGUCAAGUUAUCUCAGGAUUCACAAGAGAGUGCACACGAACGAAAGGCCUUUGAAAUGCAAAAUCUGCGACAAGACUUUCAGAGACGGGCGGACUUUGAAAGCUCAUCAGAUAGUUCACACGGGAGAGAAGGCAUACGAGUGCGAAGUCUGUGGGAAGAAGUUCGGGCUUUCGGUGAAUCUGAAAAGACACGCUCUAAUACACACGGGCGCCAAACCAUACGUAUGUAAAGUGUGUGGAAAGCAGUUUAAUCAGAGCAGCAUUCUGAAAGGCCACAUGCAAGUGCAUGGCGUGGAGAAGCCAUUCAUGUGUGACAUUUGCGGUAAGACUUUCAUGUAUAAUCACGCGUUGAGAAAUCACAUGUUAUCGCAUAUGGGACUGGCGGUGAAUAAACACAAAUCUGGGGGAGACGUAAAGAACCCGCAGCACUGUGAGGUAUGCGGGAAGUGUUUCUGUUCUCCAUACUCACUGAAAGUUCACCUGGCUCUCCACACUGGAGAGAAGCCAUUUAAAUGUGACAUAUGUGGAAAGGCCUUUGCCCAAAAAAGUGCCUGUAAAACUCAUCAGUACGUCCAUUCAGGAGACAAACCUUACCGAUGCACCGUGUGCGGUAAAAUCUUUAGUCUGCCGAACAAUCUUAAGCUACACAUGCGAAUUCACACCGGUGAGAAACCGCACAAGUGCGAGACAUGUGGAAUGACUUUCCGCUUGUCUGGAAACCUCUGGAGACACAAGCGCGUCCACACCGGGGAGAAGCCGUUCAGCUGCGACAUUUGUGGCAAACGGUUUACCCAGGCUAAUAACGUUAAAGCGCACAUGCACGUCCACACUGGAGUGAAACCGUUCACCUGUCAGAGAUGUUGGAAGAGUUUUGCUUAUGCACAGCUGACUUCUGUUUUAGGAACGCUGGCUAAGGAGGCCGUGGUUAGACUCUGCAGUGUUUUUAACGAGAGCUCUGCCGUCCUGCAUCUCGAGGUAUCUCGAAUUCAGAAAGAAAAGGACGAUCUGAAGAUGAAACUAGAGCUGAUGGAGAGACAACUAAGAGCUGAGCAACUCCAGAACUCGCAGGACCAUCUUGACGUGACCAUUAAAGUGGAGGGGCUGGAGGAGAGUCUAGGAGAUGGUAUUCAACAAACAGUUUUUACUGAAACUGGAGAGAGUCAAGAUUUUCUUGUGUCACUGGGAGAGAAUGAACUCGAAGGAGAUGACAGUUGUGUAACACAGACUGAGUCUAUACUGGACACUCACCAAGAAGCAGACGCAGAAAGGCCGUCAAGGAGGCCUAGAAAGUCAAAGUACAUGAGGACGCAGAAGGGUGUUCGAAAGACUAAGAACCAGCACAGCUGCAACCACUGCAGAAAGACCUUCAGUCAGCUGGCACAGCUAAGGGCCCACCAGGCUGUCCACGCAGCCACACAGAAACCUUUUAGCUGUUCCCAGUGUGGAAAGAGCUACAGUUUAAAGCGCAGUUUAGAUGAGCAUCAGCUGGUUCACACGGGGGAGAGGCCACACGCCUGCGAUCAGUGCGGGAAGAGUUUCACCCAGCUCAAGCUCCUGAAGAAUCACCAGAAACUCCACGAUCCCGUGAAGCGAUUCAGCUGCAAGGUGUGCGGGAUGGCGUUUCACCGAGCUUACGGGCUCAAGAAGCACGAGAGGGUACACACGGGGGAGAAGGCGCACAAAUGCGAGAUCUGCGGGAAGAGUUUCGGUUUGAUCGGGAACCUGCAGCGUCACCAGCGGAUACACACUGGGGAAAGGCCCUACAGCUGUCCGCUGUGCGGGAAAAGCUUCAACCAGCUGGACUCUCUGAAGACCCACGAACGGACGCACACGGGCGAGAAACCUCACAUCUGUCAAAUGUGCGGAAAGAGCUUCACGCAAAAGACAGACCUCCGAGUCCAUCAAAAGCAACACGUCGGCAGCGUCAAGCCCUUUAACUGUUCCUUCUGCAGUAAGAGCUUUGCGGCCGCUUGCCACUUAGAAAUGCACGAAAGGAUCCACACGGGAGAGAAGCCCUUUAGCUGCGAUCAGUGCGGGAAGUCAUUCAGCCAGCAUUGCAGUCUGAAACUCCACAAAAGCACUCACACGGGAGAGAAACCCUUCAGCUGCGAUGUGUGUGGCAAAUGUUUCGGCAGCAUGGGAAACCUCCGCCGGCACCAGCUCAUACACACCGGAGAGAAACCGUACAGGUGCAACAUAUGUGGACGGACUUUUAAUCAAACCAACAGCCUUAAGGCCCAUCAGAGCGUUCACACAGGGGAGAAACGUUACAUGUGCGACAAAUGUGGGAAGAGCUUUGCCUAUCUUAGAAAUCUGAAGGAUCAUAAGUGUGUGAUUUGA